GAGACAAAAAAGGGAAAAAGAAAUCAAAGAAACAAAGAUAGAAAAAUGGGAUGGAAGAAUUAGAAGAAGAGAUUCCCAAUGAUCAACAAAAAAUGCUGAGAUUAGUAGAGUGGUUAGAGCAGUUGAAGAAAGUAGCAAUGUCUCAUUCCCAAUCCAUUUCCCAUAAGAAACCUCCUCCUCCUUCUCCUUCUUCUUCCUCCCAAAAUCAGAAUCGAAAUCGAAAUCAGAUCCCCAAUGAAGGAAUCGUCGAAGCCAUGGCUGCCGUUCUCCGCCAACUGCUGCUCCGCCGACGACCAGACCGCCUUCGGGAACUUCAGCCGCUGCCGCCCCAACCGCUCCGACUUCUCCAAGAACAUCGCGCCGCUGCCGUCGUUCCGGCGGCUGUCGUUCUCCGACCUCAGCCGAUCGUCGUCGAUGCGAUUGAACGAGGAUCUGGCGGCGUCGUUUGGGGCGGAUUUGUUUGAUUUUCAGCUGAGCGAGUUGCGUGCGAUUACUCAGAAUUUCUCGAGCAAUUUCUUGCUCGGAGAAGGGGGAUUCGGCCGGGUUCAUAAGGGCUAUGUCGACGACAACUUCCGGCAAGGCCUUAGGGCUCAGGCCGUCGCCGUUAAGCUUCUGGAUAAUCAGGGGUUGCAGGGCCACCGAGAAUGGCUUGCUGAAGUAGUAUUUCUUGGACAGCUGAGGCAUCCAAAUCUGGUAAAAUUGAUAGGCUAUUGCUGUGAAGAUGAAGAAAGGCUCCUUGUUUAUGAGUUCUUGCCCAGAGGCAGCUUGGAGAACCACUUAUUCAAAAGGCUUUCAGUGUCGUUGCCAUGGACGACGAGGCUCAAGAUCGCCAUCGGAGCAGCUAAGGGUGUCGACUUCCUUCACGGGGCAGAGAAACCUGUCAUUUACAGAGACUUCAAAACAUCCAAUGUUCUGUUAGACUCGGAUUUUACAGCGAAAUUGUCUGAUUUUGGACUGGCAAAGAUGGGACCUGAGGGAUCAGACACCCAUGUUACCACAAGAGUAAUGGGAACAUAUGGCUAUGCUGCCCCUGAAUACAUCUCCACAGGGCACUUGACCACGAAAAGCGACGUAUACAGUUUUGGAGUGGUGCUUUUGGAGCUUCUUACAGGAAGAAGAGCAGUGGAGAAAUCAAGAGCGAAGAAUGACCAAAACCUUGUGGACUGGGCAAAGCCAUACCUGAGCAGCAGUCGCAGGUUGCACUGCAUAAUGGACCCAAGACUUUGCGGGCAGUACUCUGUGAAAGGGGCAAAGGGAAUGGCCAUUCUUGCCCUCCAAUGCACCAGCUUGAACCCUAAAGACAGGCCCAGAAUGCCAGCCAUUGUUGAAGCCCUUGAAAGCCUUCUUCAGUUCAAGGACAUGGCUGUUACUUCUGGCCACUGGUCUGCCUCUGCCUCGCCUAAACAUGCCAGAAAUGGCGUCUCUGCUAAGGCCAAAAUGGAGACAGGACGUGGGAAUCUCCCGAGAUCGUCUCUGGCUGCUUCGAGCCAGAGAUGAUCGGUGUCUGUAUUUAGGCAAAAAUUGCAGAGGUUCUAUGUGAAUAUAUAUGUAAAUCAUGAAUGCUACAAUAUGUAAAUGCAGGGUUCCUUCCCUUUGAUGGGAUUGGUCUCAUCUUUAUCAGAGUAUAAAUGUUAGAAGUCUGGACAAGUCUCGGAAUUGAACUCGAGAUUGAGCAAAAAUUCGGUGAAAAUAGUUUUAGGGUAGCUGUUUUCUUAAA